AUGGCAACAAGAGUCCGUACCGCUUGUAAGAAAUGCCGGUCUUUGAAGCAUAAAUGUGAUUUCAGAUUUCCUCGCUGUUCUCGGUGCCAGAGACUUGGUAUUGAAUGUUUAGUUCAAGAUCCGUUGACAAAAGAGUAUAAAUCAAGAGAUCAAUUCGCACAAAAUGAUUACUACGAAACUCCGAAAGAAGUUGAUAAGACGGACCUGAGUAGAAGAGUGCAGUUCUUAGAAGAAAAAGUAGCGAAAUAUGAGUCGAUGUUUGAGAGAAUGAAUAACCUUUUGGAGAAUUCCUCAAAUAGCAUAUCCAUCGAUCAGUUAACAGUUCUUUCAAUGAUUCCAUUCAAAGGAUCACUUUCAUCAGCGGACAAUGAAAUUACAAAAUCAUCGAUUUUUGGCAAGAUAGACUCUAAUCAACACUUGGAAGAGAUCGAAAAGCCACCCGAAUCUAAAAGGGCAUGUGAUCAGAUAAUUUUCAGCUACUAUCAAUUUGCUUGGAUUCAGCACCCAAUAAUUGAAAACCAGGAUACACUCUACCUACUUUCGAGCAGAUAUUAUAACUCCGGAAAUGAGCUCUCUGAUUGGGAACUGUUUCUUCUUUAUAUUUCAUUGGCUAUUGGCACCGCCAUCACUGGUGAUUCAAGCUCCAAGGUUCAAAAGUACUAUCUGUCUUCAGUGGUUUUUCUAAAAAGGUUCCUGUGUAAUAUCCCUACGUUGCAAACUCCACACAAAGGUAAUCAGCUACAAUUGCAAUCUCUUCAGUCACUACUGCUAAUAUGCUCAUUUGGUCUCCUCAAGCCAAUAUCUCCUGGAAUAUGGUAUGUGGUUGCAAAUGCGAUGAGGUUGUGCGUUGAUUUGGAUUUUCAAGAUGAGAAUAUGAUAGAGAAGUGUGCUUCCAAUUACGAGAGGCGUCUUUUUUGGUGCUGCUAUACUCUGGAUCGUCAGAUAUGCUGCUACGUGAACAAACCUUUCAGUCUGAAUGAUGUGGAUAUCACGACUAAAAUGAUUAUACCAGACAAAACUGACGUACGGCUUACAGUUUCGUAUCUGUUUUUCAAAAUUCGCAAUCUUCAAUCACUGAUUCAACAAUACGCGCAUACCAAGACACCAGUAAGUGUUGGUUCAACUGUCGAUGACUGGCGAGCAGAUAUGCACGUUGAGCUCAAUAACUGGCUAUUAUCUGUUAUUGAGUGCGAAAAUACUCCGAAUACAGAUCUUCACCAAAUCUUCUACUUUUCAAAGAAGUUUCUCAUUUUGACUUACUUCCAACAGAUGCUUACGUUGUACCGUCCUGUGGGACAGAAUUUGAGGACCCUAACCUAUCAGGAAUACGAUCUGCUUCUUAACUGUGGUACCAAAGUUAUUUCCAUUUACAACGAGCUGGACUUGUCUGGAAAUAUUAAUUACAAGUACCUCUCAGUUUACUCUAUUUAUCAAUCAGGGCUUACGAUUUUUUAUUGCAUCAUCAACUCACAGGAGCUUGCGAGUCAUUCACAGAUGUCGGACAGGGUUGAACAUAUUAUGCAAACUACCUCUAGUCUUCUUCAAAGUCUAAAAGUUCAUUGUCCGCCAGCUGAGAAUGCUAUCCAUACUCUAGAAAAGCUAUAUCACACCACACGUGACCUUAUUCAAAAACGGAAGCAGAACCCGGUCAUGCAUGCUUCUGUGUCUUCAAAGAUCCAGUAUGGACCAUUUGAUAAUGAUCAGUUUCAGAAGCUUGCACAGCACGAAGCUGUUCCAUUGGUUGAAUUGGCCGACACUUCAGGUCCUGGUUACGAUCAGAUUGAAAAUGAUGAUUUACUUCGAGAGUUGGACUUCGAAAGCAUGUUUUCUCCUUUACCCCAAAACCACGUGUUGAUACACAAGCAUGAUAAUCUAUCCGGCACGGAUACUGCUCACCUUAAUACCCGAGAUUUAUGGGAGUUCCUAUUUGAGGAACCAUUCAAUCUCAAGAACAUAAUGUUUGAUUAA